UAUUAUAUGUGUUCCUCAAAAUCUAUUCACGGUACUCAGUAUUUCAGACAUAAUUUGAUAACAAUGGGCAGCAGACUGUUCUCUUCUGUUCUCAAUGUGAAAACGGUCUGCAUUACAUUGGCAGUUGUUUUCAUUAGUUUGAGGGCUGUGGCCGGAGCAUCGACUUCUCGAUCCAAGAAGAAGUUGGAAGUUGAAGGAAAAAUUAACUGGCUCAAAAGGCAUGCAAUAAAGAGUAUUCAGAGUGAAGAUGGGGACAUCAUUGAUUGCAUCGAUAUCUAUAAGCAGCCCACUUUUCGUCAUCCAGCUCUAAGGAAUCACACAAUUCAGAUGGCACCGAGUGACAAUCCGUCUAUCAUGACUACCGGAAUGCCUGAAGCAUUCACAAAAAGUGACAUGGGAUCCUCCAUGUUUGGGACAUCACAGCUGUGGCAAAAAAGGGGAAGCUGUCCCAAGGGGACUAUACCCGUUCGAAGAAUUCAGAAGAAUGACAUGGCUAAGGUGAGCUGGCAGGUCGACUAUGGAAGGAAGAAGGCCCAAAAAUCCCAUCAAGGCACUGAGAUGGAUGAGAAUAAAAUUCAAAACCUCCUUCAGAGUAAUCACUCUAUGGCCAUAUUGAUCACAGAAGGUUAUAGUUACACUGGAGCCAAAGGAGACAUUAAAGUUUUCAACCCGCAUGUCGAGUAUGAUGAUGAAUGGACCACUUCUCAAAUUGCUCUAAAGAGCGCCGUUCUUCAAGAUUAUGAGUGCGUCGAAUCUGGAUGGGCGGUGAAUCCUGGCUUAUAUGGCGACCGGAAGACUCGGUUUUUUGUAUAUUGGACAGCUGACUCCGGGAAAAAAACUGGCUGCUUCGAUCUCACUUGCCCUGGUUUUGUUCAAACGAGCAGCGAGAUUGCCCUCGGUGCGGCCAUUCAUCCCAUCUCGACAACAGAUGGCCUUCCAUAUCAAAUAACACUUUAUCUCUUCAAGGAUCCAAACACCGGCAACUGGUGGGUUCAAUAUGACGAGAAGACGAAUGUCGGUUACUUCCCGCCCGAGCUAUUUGCCUACCUACCUCAAACUGCACAAACUGUGCAGUGGGGAGGCGAAGUGUAUAGCUCAAGAAUUGGGGGAUUUUCACCCCACACGUCGACACAAAUGGGCAGCGGGCAGUUCCCCAUCCUCGAAGAAUCGAGCGGAUACGUGAAGAGAAUACGGGUCCGCGAUAACUCGAUGAUCCUGAAGUUCCCUGAACAGAUUGACCACUACACAGAUGAGUUUAGGUGUUAUGAUGUGAGAUACCUUGGGGAUUAUAUUGAAGAUCCUGAAUUUUAUUUUGGAGGUCCUGGAAGGAAUGAGUUGUGCCCCUGACUAGACAUUGCGGCCGCUAGUUUCUUGUUUUUCAGCCUGAUCCUCAUAUAGCAGAUGUUAUGAACAGAGUUUUAAAAAAAACGAACAUUUAUAUUCCCGUUUA